AUGCCACAGUCGGCACCACCGCCGCCUCAAUCUUCAGACGGCUUCCUUCAACCAGUAACCUUCAUGAGUCCAGCCAGAAUCACUUCGCACCCGCGAGGUGCCAUGAGCCCUGAACAGGGUUUCGUCGGCUACCCGUACUCCUCUCGAUAUUCUACUCCCAUUUGUGAGGAGGAUCUUUCGGUCACGGUUUAUGAACCACCAACCAUCUAUUCCCAGAAAAGCGACAUCUCCUUCACGGGCUAUGCAGGUGGGCACAACCACACUAGCCAUCCGUACGGGCCUUUGCCUGAUGAGGCUGGUUAUAAUGCCCAUGUUCCAUAUACACCUGAAGCGUCUCCCCCUACCCCGUGCCCUACUGGCGAUUCGAUCACCACCCGCAGUGGGUUGAGGAUUCCCAAGAAGUCUUAUCCGAUGGGCAGAUCGCAGGCCGUUAAGACCGGCCGCAUCCAGAAGAGAAGCAAGGUUGACAAAGUCAAAAAUGCCUCCAGCAUCCUCUCGAAGCCCCUGUCCGAAAUCGCCAAAGACCUCCCCCAUGUCUCAGUGGCCGAUAUUGCAACCUUCGUCGCCCGCUCCACCGAGGAGAGACUGUCGGAAACUUCACGCAACAAGAAGCCUGGUCAGAUCAAGCGCCCUAUGAAUGCAUUCAUGCUGUACCGAAAAGCCUAUCAAGAUGUAGCCAAGACUCAGUGCGCCCAGAACAAUCACCAACACGUCUCCAAGGUCUGCGGCGCAGGCUGGCCUUUGGAGCCUCCUCAGGUGAGACAGAUGUUCGAUGGAUGGGCCAAGGUUGAGCGGAUCAACCACCAGCAGGCACACCCUGGGUACAAGUUCACUCCCUCUAAGCCGCGAAAGACCAGACGCGACGAGGAUGACGUCGACGGGUUCUCAGAUAACGACUCUGACUACGGCGGAGCGCGAAAGUCCAGAACUCGGCAUGUGUCCCGCCUGAGCGAGACCCCUUCGAUCAGCUACGAUACCGUUGGCAACGUUGCGGAUGAACCCUCCAUGGCGGCCUACCAUGGCAUGCACGCUUAUCCCACUCCUGGGCAAGCCCACGCCCUUCCCUAUGGAACUGCUGAGCCAAACCCCUACGAUCUGAACAUGCGGCAGUAUGGCGGAUUGGGUCCUGCCCACGGCAUGGUGAGCCGAACCCCUUCUCCGGGCAACGAUUACGCUCUCCACGGCCUGGAUGGGUUCGCUGGCAGCUACUACACUCCUCCCGAGCCUGUCUUUGAGAGUGCUGGGCCCCCGCCCAUGUUUGGAGAAGCCGGCUACGACAUGUACAACGGGCUUCCUGGAGAAGCUUCGUUCGGUCAUGACAACUGGGUCCCCCACAUGGGAGCAGCCGAACAAGACAUCGGCUUCAUGAUGGCGGGCUACGAGGAUACCACGGCGCAGGAUGCCUAUCUGAGAGGCAAACAAGAUGACUGGAAGGUCGAGGAGAUCGACGAUUCCAGCCAGUUCGAGCACUGGAUCACGCAGACCGAGCAAGGUCUUUUGUAA